AUGGGAGUGGCAGUAUGUAAAUAAGAGAAUCAAUCAACUGGAGAAGAAGUCAUUUAGGAUUAUGUUUAGCCUUAUCCAAUGGCUUCUGCGAAUUGCUAAGCUUCCAAAUUGGAUGGUUCCAAUCUUACACAUCCAAGUUUAAAAAAGAAAACUAUCGCUUAGGUGACAGGGAAGUUACCAGACGACCCCAUAAGUAUGAUGAAUUCAAUAGUAUAUUUCCUAGAUUUGAGCGAAAAUUAAUCAAGUCUUCUCUUAGAGGAAAAAUAAGAACCUACAACUCCUGCACUUCCAACUUAGUAAAUAAUACAUAACAAUUAGCGAUAUUAUCUAAUAGAAUGGAGAUAUGCCGAACUUCCAGAACAUUUAAUUGUUUACGAAGGAAGUAUUUUAAUCGGUAAAGCUGAAUUCAUCAUAAAGAUUAGUUUCUUCUCAACAUGA